AUGUCAGCCCGAAACCCUGAUCAGUACAAGAACAAGAGGAUUCUGGCGCCAAUGGUGAAAGGAGGUCGUACUCCAUUCCGAACGUUGGCACUACAAUACGGUGCUGGCUUGGUUUACACUGAAGAGAUCGUGGACCAAAAGUUUUUGCAAUGCACAAGGACUAGAAAUGGUAAGAUUUACAUAGCUAUGCAAGCAUACCAGCUGCAUGUAUAGGUAAAGUGUUAUGGAUUGGUGUGUAGGUAUAAUGUACUUUUUUUAAAUAGAUGUACAGUAACUAAAUAUUAUUAAUACGAAAGAUAUAACUGCUUUUAUAGAUGUACUGCACACAAUCGACUACUUCUUGGAAGACGAAUUGGUGUUGAGAAUCGCCAAAGAAGAGAAAGACAGGUGUAUUCUUCAAAUUGUAAGUUAUAAUUCGCUUCAUGAUAACUUGUCUGUUUAGGGGUCCAACUCUGAACACGGGUGCAUAUUAGUCAGCAAGAAAAUGUAAGUAACCCUUUAUAAAGAUGAGAAAUAUGAAGGUUAAGGCAACUUAUAAUAUAAUAGUAACUUUUCAUCCUUUGAAACUUAAAAACAGUACUUAAACUACGAAUUUAAAAGUAACCUUUUGUGUUUGCAGCGGUGAUGAUGUCGCGGGAAUCGACUUGAACAUGGGAUGUCCCAAGCCCUUCUCCAUAUCGGGAGGAAUGGGAGCAGCGUUGUUAAAGAAACCAGACCUAGUCCAGAAGAUGGUGUCAUCCUUGGUAUCCGUGUCUAAAGUCCCUGUCACGUGCAAAAUACGAGUACUUGAUACUGUAAGUGAUAAGUACUACCAUAAGGAUGACUAAAUGGCUCAUUGUGCUUUUUUACUGGGAGUUAUAAGUAAUUUACAUUAGUGUUAUUUAUUAAUUUUGCGACACCAAAAUAAAUAUAAUUGAAUAACAAGUAUAAGAGCUUUUACUGCUGUUAUAAUAUCUCUUUAUACAGGAUAUUAUUUUGAUUAGGUAUAAAAAGUCCAUUUUUAGUUAGAAGAAACAAUAGCCUUUGCCAAAAUGCUGGAAUCUUGUGGGAUAUCAGCGUUAGGAGUUCAUGGACGGCGGCGAGAUGAAAGACAACCACAUAGGAACAGGAAAGAAGAAAUCGAAGCAGUGGCCAAGGCUUUAAGCAUUCCUGUCAUUGCAAAGUAAGACUUAUGUCGGUUUUAAACAUAUUAAACUAAAUUGAUGAUAAUAUAACAUAAUUCAUAAGGUUGUCGUUUUUUAAAUGUGAUGUUUUCAGUGGCGAAUCAGGAAACGUGAAUGUGUUCGAAGACAUCGACCGUAUCCGAGAUGAAUGUGGUGCCAGUAGCAUAAUGUUGGCUAGAAAAGCACUGAAUAAACCUUCGAUAUUCAGAAAGGAAGGCACAUUGUCGAUGGAUCAGGAAAUCAAAGAUUAUUUGUCACAGGUAUUGUCUUCUUCGCAACAUUUUAUAUUGUAGUAGCGGUUUAUUUUAACUUAGGAACUAGAAGACGCAAAUUUAAUAAUAAAAUAUGUAUGUAAUCUAAUACGCACUUAUAUUACAGGCCUGCAUCUACGACGAACCCUACACGACAGUCAAAUACGCUGUACAACGUAUUCUCGGUUCACAACAAGAGUUCGACCCUCGGGGCAAGAAGACAUUAGAUUGCUUGACAGUUAGAGAGAUCUGCUCAGUAUGGGACUGUACUGAAGUGUUCCAAAGCUGCAAAGAACAACGUCAGCGAAUGGCACUCAAGAGACACCACACGGAGAAGGAGAACGAGCUGGAGAAGGAAGGGAUUCAAGUUGGAGAUUGGACGUUCCCACCGUGAGUUAGAGUUUCCUAAUGUUAACACUGGUGCACCAGCUGGUGCUAUACAAGACAUGUAUUGAUGUUCAGAAUAAAAUUAUACGAAACAUCCUUAGAAGUUAAGAUUGAUAUUACAGGAAGCGUCUGAAGGCCAAUCACGGGACUCUUUCGCCAAAGUGCAUCCUUCUUCGUUACUGUGCAGAAAAGAAGAUCGCCAAACCAGUGUUUAAGACCGUAAGAACAUAUCAAAGGUUUUAUAUCGUACGUUUAGGAACGACGUGAAAGAGAUGGUAGAUUCGAGUGCAUAAUAACAGUUUCGGACAAGAAGUUUGCAUCCAGAAUCUCUCAACCCAAUACAAAGAUGGCAGAGCAAGUUGCUUGUCUAGGAGCUCUACAUGGACUGAAUAUCAGGGACAGACUACCGGGUAACUGGGAAGAGUAA